AUGCAACAACAGGCCUCCGCCGCAGCACCCGUCUCGACGGAAUCGAAGAAGCGCCUCGCGCUCGCCAUCAUCGACUUCCUCAACACGUCGACGCGCGACGGCACCCUCUCGGCCGAAGACAGCGAGUCGAUCGAGAUCGCGACCAACUGCAUCGCCGAGUCCUUCCACGUCGACCCCUCGGACACGGCCGCCACCGCCGACGCCCUGGGCGGCCAAAACCUCGCCUCCAUCUACUCCGUCUACGAAAAGCUCAAGGGCCGCACCACGCCCUCAACCGAAGGCGCCUCCUCCGCCAAAGAAGGCCGCCCGAGCACCCCUACCGCCACCACCACAGCCUCCGCAUCCGCAUCCGCAUCCACCAGCGGCGCAGCCGACAGCAAAAAAACCGAAGCCGAGCGCCUCAAGGGCCUCGGCAACGCCGCCAUGCAGAAAAAGGACUACGACACGGCCAUCGCCUUCUACACGCAGGCCCUCGACCUCGUCCCCCUCAACCCCAUCUACCUGUCCAACCGCGCCGCCGCCUACUCGGGCGCCUCGCGCCACCGCGACGCCCGCCAGGACGCCGAGAUGGCCACCGCCGCCGACCCGGCUUACACCAAGGCGUGGUCGCGCCUGGGGCUCGCGCGCUACGCGCUCGGCGACGCCAAGGGCAGCAUGGAGGCGUACGAGCAGGGCAUCCGCGCCGAGGGCAACGGCGGCAGCGAUGCGAUGAAGCGCGGGUACGAGACGGCGAAGAGGAGGGUCGAGGAGGAGGGAGGCGGGGCGGCUGCUAGGUCGGCGAGCCCGCCGGGUGGUGGUGCCGGUGGUGGUGGUGGCAUGCCCGAUCUGUCGUCGUUGGCUAGCAUGCUGGGUGGAGGCGGCGGCGGCGGUCAGGGUGGGCAGGGUGGCGGCGGGAUGCCCGAUUUUGGCGCCCUCAUGAAUAACCCCAUGCUUCGCCAGAUGGCACAGAAUGUCAUGAGCAACCCCCAGAUGAUGCAGAACAUGCUCAGCAACCCCCGUCUGCGCGAGAUGGCUGAGCAGUUCGGCGGUGGCGGUGGUGGAGCUGGAGCUGGAGCUGGUGCUGGUGCUCAGGGUGGUGCUGGUGCCGGUGCUGGUGGUGGCGGCGGCGGCAUGCCCGACUUCAGCCAGAUGAUGCAGGAUCCGAGCAUCAUGGAGAUGGCAAGGAACCUCAUGGGCGGCGGCGGCGGCGGCGGCGCUCCUGGUGGUGGCGCCGGUGGUGCAGGCGCCGGUCGCGGUGCUGGCGGCCAGUAG